AGUUGAAGUACUUAUAUUACUUUUUACCAUUGCGAUAAUGAUUAAGUUAUUUGCCACUCCUAGAAAUCAUCUCAUCCUGCAGAAUAAGGACCCGACAUCCAAGCUUCCAGUGAUGGUGUGGAUUCACGGUGGUGGAUUCUACUCUGGGGGAGCAUCUGAGUACCUGCCACAUGUUCUCCUCAAUCAUGAUGUGGUAUUGGUGGUUAUCCAGUACAGACUAGGGGUUUUCGGUUUCCUCUCAACUGAAGACUCGGUGAUUCCCGGCAACUUCGGCUUGAAGGAUCAGACGCUGGCGCUGCAGUGGGUGCAGCGGAACAUCCACAAAUUUGGAGGAGACAAGACCAAAGUCACUAUCUUCGGUGAGAGCGCCGGUGGUGCCUCCGUUCACUUCCAGAUGCUCUCACCCAAGUCCGAAGGACUGUUUUCCCGGGUUAUCAUGCAGUCCGGGUCAGCUCUGUCACCGUGGGCAACUGGAUUUAAGUUCAGGGAGACAGCUGAGGAGAUAGGACAAACCAUGGGAUGCCCGGACAGUCAAGACAGUCAGGCACUCCUUGACUGUCUUCAGAAGGUCGACGGACGCCGUUUGUCGUCUCUCUUUCAAGACUACUUCGUAAGUUACUUGUAUAUGUAUAUUACAAUGAUUCAUUUGAAUUAACAUUAAAUAUAAAAC